AUGCAUCUGCGGCAAGCAGAUGUUGAAGAAUCAACCUUGCUGGUUCGAGGACGCUCGAUGUGGUCGCCCGUGUGGCAAGAAGCUCAAGUGCGGCUCACACAUGCCGCAAAACUUGCCACCGUGAAGGGCAAUGCGAAGAUGUCGAUAUUCCCGGAUCCCACUGCGCCCAGCCCUGUGGGAAGAUUCGCAAAUCGUGCGACCAUCCGUGCCAGGAUACCUGCCAUUCGCCUUUCGCAUGCAAAGAGACUCCCUUGCGACGACGAGUGUGCUCGAUUAAAGCGAAAUGCAGCGCUCGCCGAAGCUCUUAGGAUUUCUCCGGAGCACGGCGAUAGCCAUAUCCCUUACUCAGAUACGACACUUGACCUGUACAAGGAGACCCCAUCUUGGGCGGUCAUGCAAGACAGAGAAUUCAGAGCGUUCGCUGCGGAUGAAACGAGGAAGGUUCAUCGAUUCAAGCCCAUGGCUGCUAACCAGCGUGCGUUCCUGCACUCUCUCGCUGCCGACUACGGUCUUGACAGCGAGAGCCAGGAUAGCCCACCCCACCGAAGUGUCGUCCUCUACAAGACACCUCGGUUCGUAUCGGCGCCCCUGAAGAGUCUGUCGCAAGCCCUGAGCCUCCGGGCGAGCCAAGCCGUAGAAGCGUCGAGAGCCGCAGCUGCGGCGGCGGUGGAACUACUCGGCGAGCCGUUCAACGCCUUCGUGCUCGCCUCGCCAAAAUUCGGACUCACGGUCGAGGACGUGGAGGAGGGUCUGAAGAACGACUUUGCUUUACAGCCGACCGUGGCUUUCGUGGUUGCUUUCCUUCCUUCGGACGAGGUAGUCAUCCGUGGGGCAUCUCGCAGCUUUGCCCACGCCGUUAGCGCGACGGCCCUCGAGAACAUUCUUAAAUCCAUGAAGCCGGCCAUUUCGAAGACUGUCACUUCCCAGGAGCUAGCCCAGUCGGUCGCACUUUGCCAUGCCGAUGCUUCCAUGGACAUUACCCGACGAGAGCGAGGCGCGAACUCGUCGGCAGGGGGGUGGAAUACGGUUGUUAGCCGUUCCAUGCAGAAGGCUGCAGCGGGUGGAGGACCUUCAUCCUUGGUGCGAGAGGUACAGGAGGAGGAGCCCAAGCCGGGACGGGUCACGCUGGGCCUAAAGAAGAAGAAGAAGACACCGGAGCCGGAGCCGGAGCCUGUAGAUGACUGGCUCGAGGCGGCGGAGAAGUUGGAGGACUGA